UCCAAGUUAAGUACUUAUGUAAAUUACUUUAUAAUAUUUUUGUUUAUUUUAACAGAUAAUUGAUAUUACUAUCAAGCGAAAUUGAUAUAAUAAUAACGAUGGAUUGUUAAAAAAUCAGUUACAUUUUUUAAGUUAAUAAAUCAUUGUAUUCUUAAUGUGAAACAUGUGAUUAUGUGGCAUGUUAGAUUCUAGGUUAUGCUUAAAUCUCGUUUGAAUACUUUAUUAGAGAUAGAAGAUAAUUAAUACAAUAACAAAUGGCUGUACGCAAACUUCUUGGGAGUAAUUUAUUACUGUUACGGCUACCCAAAUCACAACAAUCAUUUUUUUCAAGGCAAAUUGAUUUGCAGUCCAUAAUAAAACGUACAAAUCAAUUAACAUUAAAUCGAUUACUUGAAAAUAAUGAGCAAAUAGAUGGUAAAAAAUGGUCAACCGUUCGUGAAGAAGUAUUAACUACUGUCAGCACUGUUAAUGAAUUCAAUGUUGAUAAUAUUAUUAUUAAUCGAUGUUGUGAAGCUAACAAACAAUUUUUAGCAUUAAAUUAUAUCAGUUAUUUAGUAGAUGAAAGGAAGCAAGAUUUGAAUAUUGCUUCAAUUGUAAAAUAUUUUAUAUUAUUAAGCAAUUAUAAACAAACUCUAGAUUCUGAAGAUGUAAAGCGAAUUUUUCAAUUUUAUGAUGACAUUAGAAAAAAAUAUGAUGUUCUUGAUUCUAAAACUGCUGAAGGGUGCAUUCUUGCUUUAUCAUUAACAAAUAGAUGGAAAGAAGCUAUCAAUAUAUUUGAAGAGAGCAGAAAACUUGGUAAUUUUUCAACUAUUGCUUAUACAUCAAUUAUAACAGCAGCUUUUAACAAUAAUGAACCAGAAAUUGCCUGGAGAUAUUUGGAACAAACAAGACCUGAUCAAAGACCACAGAAAAAGGUUUACGUAGCUUAUAUACAGUUCUGUCAAAGACAUUAUCAUACUUUCGAUGAAUCGAAAGAAGCUAUAGAAAAAAUGUUUGAUUUUUGGGUAAGACAUGAUAUAUAUCCUCACGUAACCAUUAUUAUGGCAUUUAUGCAAUAUCUUAGUAAUACUGGGAACUGGAAUUAUGCAUCUACAACUGUUGAUAAGGACGGUGCGUGUGGAUGUUGCCAUACUUCUAUGCCUCGUUUUGAAAUGAGUGAAGAAGAUCAUAAGGCAUUAAUAAAAUAUAUCCUAAAUAAUGCAAUUGUAGGAAAAGAUGUUUUUCAAAAUACUACACCAACAGAAUUGAAUAAAUUUUUAAAAUACAUCGACGAGACUAAGCCUUAUGAUGUGGUUAUUGAUGGAUUAAAUGCUGCUUACUCUUUGAAUCGUAAAUCUAAAAUGCCUACUGAACGAGCAAAAGAGCUGAGAAAAAUAGUUACUCUCUUGCGUGAACAAAAAAAACGAAUUUUUAUAUUGGGAAAGAGACAUAUGUUAAAGUGGUCAAGAAAAGAAAUGAAUAUUAUAGAAAACAAUAGCUUUUUAUUUUUAACUAACAAUACGUCUGAAGACGAUUUAUUUACCAUCUAUGCAGCUUUAGUUAGUGGCAGCGAUACAUAUAUAAUGUCUCGAGAUUUUCUACGUGAUCAUAAAUUCAUCUUAACAGAUCUCAAAAUAAAGCGAAUAUUCCGAAAUUGGCAACUAACUCAUCAAAUAAUGCCCUAUUAUAAACAGAUCGGUUCUGUAUCAGUUUUGCAGAUAAUCUAUCCCCCUCCUUAUGUUAUAACAUUACAUAAAGAUGAAAAAGGUUGGCAUAUACCAUACCGUGAAAGUCUUGAAAAUUCUGAAAAUGAACUACCAAAAAGUUGGAUGUGUUUACGAAUAAAACAAAAAAUUGAAAACAAGAAUUUGUCGUAACCAGAAAAAUUUUAAUCAGUCAAAAUAACAGCAUAAGAUAGUUUCUUAAAGCUUAUAUUUUGUAUCAAGGUUUGAAUAAAAAUUUUUAUUUCUAGACAUA